GGAGCGUGAGGAGGAGGCCGCCUGUGUCAUUAUGUGCGCGUCGGUCAAGUACAAUAUCCGGGGUCCCGCCCUCAUCCCAAGGAUGAAGACCAAGCACCGCAUCUAUUACAUCACCCUCUUCUCCAUCGUGCUCCUGGGCCUCGUCGCCACCGGCAUGUUCCAGUUCUGGCCCCAUUCCAUCGAGUCGGCCAGCGACUGGAGCGUGGAGAAGCGCAGCGUCCGGGACGUGCCCGUGGUCCGGCUGCCCGGCGACAGCCCGCUGCCCGAGCGCGGGGACCUGAGCUGCAGGAUGCACACGUGCUUUGACGUCUACCGCUGCGGCUUCAACCCCAAGAACAAGAUCAAGGUGUACAUCUACGCGCUCAAGAAGUACGUGGACGAGCUGGGCGUGCCGGUGAGCAGCACCAUCUCCCGGGAGUACAACGAGCUGCUCACGGCCAUCUCCGACAGCGACUACUACACCGACGACAUCAACCGGGCCUGCCUCUUCGUGCCGUCCAUCGACGUGCUCAACCAGAACGCGCUGCGCGUGAAGGAGACGGCGCAGGCUUUGGCCCAGCUCUCGAGGUGGGAUCGAGGAACAAAUCACCUCCUGUUUAACAUGCUGCCUGGGAGUCCCCCAGAUUAUAACACGGCCCUGGACGUCCCCAGAGACAGAGCUCUGUUGGCUGGUGGUGGCUUUUCUACGUGGACUUACCGGCAAGGCUAUGAUGUCAGCAUUCCUGUCUACAGCCCGCUGUCAGCCGAGGUGGUUCUUCCAGAGAAGGGACCUGGUCCCCGGCGGUACUUCCUCCUGUCAUCUCAGGUGGCUCUCCAUCCCGAGUACAGGGAGGAGCUGGAAGCCCUUCAGGCCAAACAUGGGGACUCCGUGUUAGUCCUGGACAAGUGCUCCAAUCUCUCGGAAGGCGUCCUGUCUGUGCGCAAGCGCUGCUACAAGCACCAAGUCUUCGAUUACCCGCAGGUGCUGCAGGACGCUACUUUCUGUGUGGUCCUUCGUGGGGCCCGGCUGGGCCAGGCAGCACUGAGUGACGUGUUACAGGCCGGCUGCGUCCCCGUUGUCAUUGCCGAUUCCUACAUCCUGCCUUUCUCUGAAGUUCUUGACUGGAAGAGAGCAUCUGUGGUUGUACCAGAAGAAAAGAUGUCAGACAUGUACAGUAUUCUGCAGAGCCUUCCCCAAAGACAGAUUGAAGAAAUGCAGAGACAGGCACGGUGGUUCUGGGAAGCAUAUUUCCAGUCAAUUAAAGCCAUUGCCCUCGCCACGCUGCAGAUAAUCAAUGACCGGAUCUACCCCUACGCUGCCAUCUCCUACGAGGAAUGGAAUGACCCUCCCUCUGUGAAAUGGAGCAGCGUGAGCAACCCACUCUUCCUUCCACUGAUCCCACCACAAUCCCAGGGUUUCACUGCCAUUGUCCUCACCUAUGACCGUGUGGAGAGCCUCUUCCGGGUUAUCACUGAAGUAUCCAAGGUGCCCAGCCUUUCCAAGCUGCUAGUUGUCUGGAAUAAUCAGAAUAAAAACCCUCCCGAAGAUUCUCUCUGGCCCAAAAUCAGAGUGCCAUUAAAAGUUGUGAGGACAGCUGAGAACAAGUUGAGUAACCGUUUCUUCCCUUACAAUGAGAUUGAGACCGAGGCUGUUCUGGCCAUCGAUGAUGACAUCAUUAUGCUGACCUCUGAUGAGCUGCAAUUUGGUUAUGAGGUCUGGCGGGAAUUCCCAGAUCGGUUGGUGGGGUACCCAGGCCGCCUGCACCUCUGGGACCAUGAGAUGAAUAAGUGGAAGUACGAAUCUGAGUGGACGAACGAAGUGUCCAUGGUGCUCACAGGGGCGGCUUUUUAUCACAAGUAUUUUAACUACCUGUACACCUACAAAAUGCCUGGGGACAUCAAGAAUUGGGUGGAUGCACAUAUGAACUGUGAAGACAUUGCAAUGAACUUCCUGGUGGCUAAUGUCACAGGAAAAGCUGUCAUAAAGGUCACUCCACGAAAAAAAUUCAAGUGCCCAGAGUGCACAGCCAUCGAUGGACUUUCUCUCGACCAGACGCACAUGGUGGAGAGGUCCGAGUGCAUCAACAAGUUUGCUUCCGUCUUUGGGACAAUGCCUCUCAAAGUGGUGGAGCACCGAGCUGACCCCGUCCUGUACAAAGAUGACUUUCCUGAGAAACUGAAGAGCUUCCCCAACAUUGGCAGCUUAUGA